UAGAAAAAUAAAGAGAAAAAAAAAAGGAAUGAUAAAACGACUUUGUAUUAUUUUGGCAAGUUUUCUUCUUGUCAAUAGAACUUUAACGAUAAAGGCUCAAACAUUAAUUCCUGAAAAUAAUGCUGAAAUUAAUACCUGGUUUCAAGCUGCAAUAAAACCAAUUAGUGGACGACAGGGAACAUUAGACCCCAAUGUUAUAGAAGCUGAGAGUGGUGGGCUAGAAAUCAUUAAUGUGAGACAAGAUGGAAGUGGAAAAUUUAAGACAAUAUCGGAUGCCGUGAAACAUGUUAAAAUAGGAAGCACUAAACGUGUAGUUAUAACAAUUGGUCCAGGAGAAUAUAAGGAAAAAGUUAAAAUCGAUGAAUUUAAACAAUACAUCACUUUGUUAGGAACAGAUCCUAACAAUAGGCCAACUAUAACAUUUGCUGGUACGGCUGCGGAGUUUGGAACUGAAGAUAGUGCAACAUUGAUUGUGGAAGCUGAUUACUUUGUCGCUACAAAUAUAAUUGUUUCGAAUGCGGCUCCAAGACCGAAUGGCCAAAGGAAGGGAGCUCAAGCUUCAGCAAUAAGAAUAUCCGGUGAUAAAGCUGCAUUUUACAAUUGCAAAUUUACAGGAUUUCAUGACACUGUUUGUGAUGACAGUGGAAAACAUUUCUUCAAGGAUUGUUAUAUUGAAGGGACGGUUGACGUUAUCUUUGGUGAAGCUAGAUCUUUAUAUUUGAACACUGAAAUCCAUGUUAUAACGGGUGAUCCAAUAGCAGUAAUAACCGCUCAUGCAAGAAUGAGUGUCGAUGGAGAAGGUGGAUACUCAUUUGUACAUUGUCCAGUGACUGGAACGGGUGGUAAUGCAUUGUUAGGCAGAGAAUGGAUGGAAGCUGCGCGAGUUGUUUAUUCGUUCUGUACCAUGAGCGACGUCGUCAAUCCUAAGGGUUGGUCUGCUGAUUCCAAGCCACAAGUUCAAAAGACGAUAUUUUUUGGAGAGUACCAUAACAAGGGUCCCGGUGCAUCUCUUGCGAAAAGAGUUCCAUAUACCAAGCAGUUGACGGAGGCAGAGGCCAAACAGUUCAUAAGCCUGGAAUACAUUGACGCAGCUAAAUGGCUUCUUCCACCUCCAAAGAUAUAAAACAUGUUAUCCUACUUGCCAAAAGGAAAGGUGAUAAGUUCAAUUAGGUAUAUCAUUUAUAUUUUUAUUAAGAUUAGCCUAGAUACGCGCACGAAAACUCGAAUUGAAUUUGGUAUUAAACUUUGAAACCCCGAGUAAUAAAGUGGAUACAAGAAAAAUCCGCUAUAGUACGUAGAAAAGUGCGUAGUGUCUAGACAAGUUAGUUUUUUUUUUUUUUUAAAAGAGAAUUGUAUAGUAUUCUAUUUUCUUAUAAUUUGUUGUAGUUGUAUAUAUAACUAACAGACUUUUGUAGGCUAUUUAAUUUAAUACUUAUUAGUAAGUGUUAUUUUAUUUUUAUAUUCAUUAUAGUUGAUUCUUGAGAGGA